AUGGACGAAAAUGAAGACCAGCGAGGGGCAAGGCGAAAUGACGACCAGCGAGGGGCAAGGCCCGACCCGCCAAAGAAGCGAAAGUUAUUUGGUGGGACCAGGAGUUGGUUCAAAAAUAUUUUCGCAAAGCCAGCGACUGGCAAUGCAUCCAGUGCUGGCCCCGAUGAGCAGCGCCAGCUCCCGAUACCCGAAGAGUUGCACCAGUCUUCAUCAACCGAAGAGGUGCACCAGUCUCCUUUGCUUCAAGAUGUGUCUCCCAUCGUUGCCAACGAACGUCAGCACGAGCAAGGCCCCGAUGAGCAGCGCCAGCUCUCGCCACCCCAAGAGUUGCACCGGCCUUCAUCAACCGAAGAGCGCGAACAACCGUCGAAGCCUGCCCCUAGGCGGUCAGGUAGAGUCAAGGCCAUGCAGCCCCAACAACCUCCGACUGCUCCCCCGGUCGUCUCCCAGAAACCUGCGCUUCUCGACGAGGCAAUACUCUCAGAGUUUGACCGAUAUGUCCGUCAAGCAUGGAAUCCCACACCGAUUCCGACAGACGAGCGUCUCGAGAGAUGGAGCGAUCUUCGACUCCGAGAUCUCCUGAGGCUCAAGCUGCCAGAGGAUCUUUCUCUGGAAGUGGCACUCGAAAGAUAUCACAUUCUGAUGCGCAUCAUAUUUGAAGGGGCACCAGAGGCGAACCUUAAGUACGUGCUGUUCAGUGACAGCAGGUCUCCGAACACCUUUGUGCGCAUGGAUCAGUCGAGACGAUUGGGGGUUCAAGUUGAGAUUGAACGCAGUCUCGAGGGCAAUCUACUACAUCAGCACUCUCCGUACUCGCUGAUGAGGGAACCCACUAAGUCUGCUGUGGCGGAUGCGCUCUACUCAGCGACCAAAAGGUUCAACAUGGAUGGAGAGAUUGCCCCAGCCUGGGCAUACAUUGCAGACAAAAUCACCAACAACCCUAGGGAGCCGAAGCAGAGUUGCGCCAGUCAGUUGGCGCACGAUGCGGAUGAGGGCGCAGCGCAGACAUCAGAAGCGCCAACCUCAAAAGCGUCGUCUACGACGGGUGUGGUCGAGACCGACUUCUCGUAUGCGUUUCUCUGGCGCGCCCGAAACCUCUUCCGAGUUUUGAAGAGGGAGCACUCACAUUAUCGUGCGGUGUUGAUGGUGGUGGAGAUGAAGCAACUCCAGGUUGGUCCCGAAGUGAAGAUCUCAGUAACGCCGGGGAAGGCGAAGAAGCAAUAUGAGCAGGGGCUUUCACAGGUGAUCAAGUACCUCUACCAUGCUUGGGAGAAGUUUGGAACCCGGAUCGGUCUCUUCGUUUGCGGUCCCUUCUUUGCCAGACUGCGCGUCAUCGACGACAAGGGCACCAUUGCUGUGGAGUGCAAACCUUGCCCAAACGUCGGACAAGAGUAUUCCUCCCCGGGUUCUUACUUCAAGGAGUUCACCUACCUCAGUCUACCUCACUCGCUGCUCCUUCCCUAUACGGAAAAUCCACAGCUUGCCGAACAGCUGGGUGUUGAUGAGGAUAAGCCCUUGCCUUUGCUCAACCUGGAAGGCCUGCGCAAAUUCGAGGAAUUGCGCACCCAAGUCUUCGAAUCUGCGCUGGACAUGAAAGUCGCCGCGGCCCUUGGCAAGCGGGAUGUUCCCUCUCCCACUUCUACUUCAGCCCAAGGCCAAGACUCCGGCUUCCCGACUCUCUGCGACCUUUCGCCACAGGACAAUGCUGCCAUUGUGAAGGCUGAUACUCGCUCUCCUAUCCAUUGGUACAUCAGUGCCCGACGAGACGCCAAGGACAGGAUCAAUGAGCAAGACGUUCAAAAAUUUCUUCAAGCUUUCAAAGCGCACGUUCCAUCAUCAUCCUCGUCCCCCAAGAAUUCUGGCAGUAACAAUCCUGACGACGGAGGGGGAGAUAAUCGGGGGCGCGAGGGCGACAGCGAUGAGGGUCGCAAGGACAGUCGUCACGGGCGCAGUGGGGGAUAUGGGGGAUAUUGGGGCGGCGGCGGUGGUGGUGGUCAAGGCGGGAAAAAGGCUACGGGGGCCAAGUCCGGAGGGCCGCAAGCGAAGGAAAAGGACUUCCAAGGCAACUUCGAAGACGAUGUGGAAGAGAAUGUGGAAGAGGACGACGAACAAGACUUCCUAGACAAGGUCAAAUCCUGGGCACCUAACUCUGCCGACCCGGCGUUCGCCUUAGACUCGGCCCCUUGUAUACCUCCAUCGUCCCGACCGCCAUCGACAUCUGGCUCAAUCACGUUUAACGACGACAGUGACGAGGAUGACGAGGAACCCUGGCCGGAUUACGUAGAUACCGACAGCCUGCCCCCGUCCAUUACCAUCAAAGCCGUCUUGUCGUCCACUAUGGACCAGCUCAUCGACGAUGCUCUCAAGGAACACCGUCUCCUUUCUGGGUGCACCGCGGAUACCUCUGAACGUCCUUCGCCCACGAGGACAACGAGGACAGCUCGUACCGUUAGUUCGGGCUCUACUCUCGGUACAGCCUCCACAACACUCGUGGACACAAGCUCUUGCUCUGACGUCUUGCGCAACCCCUUACAGAAGCGGCCCGUCGAAGGCUCGCUGAGGGAAGGGCAGGCGUUGAGCGAGUAGGGGAAGAACGAGGGUCGGCCAGGGGCGAGCGGACGAGGUGGGAGCGGGGCGCAUGUUGUCGUUGAAGCGUUGAGGGCGGCAGGUGCCACAUGCAGCGGAGACGGGGAGGGGCAAGGGGAAGGGUGGUGGCAGUGGCAGUGGCGAGAAACCGCAACCUGGAGAGAAUGGGAAGGGCAAACAAAGAAAGAAGGCCAGAGGAAAGGAAAAGGCGAACAAGUCGAAAAGCGUGUAUGCGGGCGUAACGUACGUGUCCAAUUCUCGCUGACAACCACUCUCCAUUUCCCAAGUCAUCCCCCCCCCCCCAAACAACUUAUCAAAUCACCUCGCAAAUCCACUCUUGUUUUGCACCACACAUUUCUUGAACCAAAUCAAACUCGGCAGUCGGCUGCCCUUGUACUUCUAUACCGUAUCACGAGGAAUUAACGAAGGACACGAGGAAUUAACGACGGAUUUACGCUCUCACCUGAAUAGUACUUGUACGCUGUAUUAAAAUGUCUCACGCUCUCACAUGAACCGUACGCUGUAUUGAACACAAGCAUGGAUAUCUACUGUCUGAAUCAAUCGUACAAAAUCAGAAACACAAGUCCACAAGUUGGCAGACGCGACGAGCGCGCGUUGGACGCAGAACGAGCAAGUUGCUCGCAAAUAAGCAAGACAGCGAGAUUGCGAGGGUCGACGAUGAAGAAUGCAACGGGGUAGCAGAGCAGGCAAGGCAU